UCAAUGCUCAGAUAUCUGAGAAAUAAUUUAUAAUACUCGGCUAUCAGAUACUUGCCUUCAGUUUACAUUCUUGUACCGGUAGGAGAAACAGCUAUGACGAAGGUAUCUAUGUGGAUAGUUGUCUCCCUUUGCGUUUCUGCGGUUACCUUAACUGCAGCCCUAGACAACGGCUUGGCCUUGACGCCUCCAAUGGGCUGGUUGGCAUGGACACGCUUCCGAUGUAAUAUAGACUGUGACAAUGAUCCAGACAACUGUAUUAGCGAGAGACUGUUCCGGACGAUGACGGACCUGCUUGUGUCCGGUGGCUACAAAGACGCCGGGUAUGAGUACCUGUGUGUUGAUGACUGCUGGCUGGCCGAGGAGAGAACGGCGGAUGGAGCUCUCCAAGGAGACCCCAAACGGUUCCCAAGUGGAAUGAAGGCUCUUGGAGAUUACGUUCAUUCUAAGGGACUGAAGUUCGGCAUAUAUGCAGACUUUGGGAAAACCACGUGUGAAAAAUAUCCAGGGAGUGAGUUCUACUUGAAGCAGGAUGCCCAGACAUUUGCUGACUGGGGGGUUGACCUCCUCAAGCUGGAUGGUUGUUAUGGCGACGUCCGGGACUACGACUACGGCUAUCCAGCCAUGACCAAGUUCCUCAACGAAACUGGACGACCCAUCAUGUUUCACUGCGACUGGCCCAAGUAUCAAAUACUAGCAGGCAUUAAGCCUAACUACACCGCCAUCCAACAAUCGUGUAACCUGUGGCGUAACUACGAUGAUAUUUGGGACAAUUGGGAUGGUCUGAGCGACAUCAUCAACUACUACGUCAAGGACGACGACGACUUCAUGUCUUACUCGGGGCCGGGGAGCUGGGUAGACCCAGAUGAGUUGAUUAUCGGCAACUUCGGGCUCAGUGAUGUACAAGAACGUGUGCAGAUGGCGCUGUGGGCGAUGCUCCCCGCCCCACUGAUAAUGUCCAAUGACCUAAGGAGCAUCCGCAACCAGUCAAAGCAACUGCUGCUUAACCCACGGGUCAUCGCCAUUAACCAGCAACAACUCAGCACCAGUGCACGAAGGAUAACCACGGUUGGUGCAGUUGACGUUUGGACUCGAUCGAUCCUGCCUACCGGAACUAAAGUCAUUGCUUUAGUUCACAUGAAUAUCACCAGAAACUACGCUGUCCAAGCCCGCUUCAUCGCCCAGGCAAAGGACAUCGGACUCACCGACGCAAGCGGAUAUGACGUCAUAGAGACAUUUGACGGCACAAGUCUUGGUCACUUCAAUCCCGGUGAUACGAUUGGUCCGAUUGUUGUGGAUCCGACGGGCGUGUCCCUGAUGACAGCCACGCCCACUAGUUCUCUCCCGGAACAAAAACUAAAUUAUGAUUAAAUUUUUAUUUUUUA